UCAAUGUCACAUAUCAACUGUGGCAGUAUUCAUAGUAAGAGUAUUUUGUAAAUAAGUGAAAGUUUGAAUAUUUAUAACAAUACUGCUUAACAAAUAGCCUCUGGAUUGAAUUCUUAUUUUAUUAUUAAUUAUUUUAUACAAAUAUGAGGUUUAAAACAAUCUGUUUUAUAAGACAGAUCCAUGCGUUGUGUUAUAAUAACCAAAGCCGACAAUUUAGUUCAGUUAGUAUGCGAAUUUUUUGUAAAAGACGGCAAAUAUAUAUAAACCCUAUAAAAUUUACGUCGUUGAUAUGUGCAUAUUCCUCCGAUAACAAAAAACAUAUAUUUGAAAUAGAAAAGAAAGCUGAAGCAUUAAAAGAUGCGCUAGAACAGAAAAAAGUACAAAUACAAGACACUGAGCAAAGAAUACGACAAAAAGGUAUAGAAAUUGUUCGAGAUUUGAAGCACCAAAAGGAAAUCACAGGUCAAAAGUUCAAAGUUAAGAAAGAGCACUUAGUUAAGGAUAUUUUAGAAACUAAAGCGAAAGUUAGGGAAAAAUUUGAAGAAGUUGUGGAGAGAGAAAAUGUGUUUACUGUACCUAAUGUACUAUGCAUGGCUAGAAUAGUUAUGUCUCCUUAUUUAGGUUACAUCAUUUUGCAAGAGAACUACAACUUGGCGUUAGGGUUGUUAGUAUUUGCAGGGGUUACUGAUCUACUAGAUGGAUGGAUAGCUCGCAAUUGGAAAGGUCAGUCGUCUAAAAUGGGAUCAUUUUUAGAUCCAAUGGCUGAUAAGGUCCUUAUUGCCACCUUGUUCAUAAGUCUCACAUGGCAAGAGUUGAUUCCACUUUCCUUAACUUUGCUGAUUGUGGCUCGAGAUGCAGCAUUAGUGGCAGCAGGUUUUGUUAUAAGAUAUAUCAGUUUACCUCCACCAAAGACACUUAGUAGGUAUUUCGAUGUGACUCAUGCAACAGCUCAACUAGCACCUACAUUUAUUAGUAAAAUUAAUACUGCAAUACAACUAUUAUUGGUAGGAACGACCUUAGCUUCACCUGUAUUUGGCUAUGUGGAUCAUCCAGCACUGAAAGCUCUAUGUGCAUUAACGGCAGCCUCUACUGUUGUUUCCGCUCUUAGUUAUAUAUUAAAAAAAGAUACAUAUAAAGUUUUAAGGAAGAAAUUAUAAAAAAAAAAAAUUUAAGUCUUAAUAGUCUUACAGUAUAAUGUCUGUACAGAGUUAGUGAUUUUUGAAAAAAAAUCCACAAUAUGAGAUAUUUAUUGUUAAGCCUGCAUAAUGAUAAGUCAAGAAACAAUGUAAAAAUCGUAAAAAUAAAAUAACGAUGUGUAUAAAA